UAGUUGUUCCCAACGAAACAACAAUGUUGGCCAACUCUACUCCAAUUCCAACCUUUGGUUUAUCAAGACUAGAUGAUCCCACAACCCAUAAGCUCAAGAGUACAGGCAAUAAUGAACCUUUCAUGGGCUGCAACUACAAAGAAGCAGCAGAUACUUCAGAAUCCUUCCUUCGCUUUCCUUCCAAUUCACAGCAACAGAUGGAUUUUGAAGGCCCUUCCAGUACCAAAAAAUUAAGCCACAACGCCAGUGAACGCGAUCGCCGGAAAAGAUUGAAUGAUUUAUACACAACUCUUCAAUCUCUACUUCCAGAAACAGAUCGAAAGAAGAAACUGAGCAUCCCAGCUACUGUUUCUUGUGCACUCAUGUACAUACCAGAAUUACAGAAACAUGUCCAAAAGUUAACACAAAGGAAGGAAGAGAUCUUAUCAAGUAUCUACAAGCAAGGAGAUACCAUGAAGCAAGGGAAAAAUGCCGGUAGCGGCGACCGAGUUUCUAUGCCGAGUGUUUCAGCGAGUCAACUCGAUGAUAGGGAAGUUGUGAUUCAGAUUUGUGUAUUGAAAGCUAAAAGUAUCCCUCUUUCUGAGGUUUUACUAGUUUUGGAAGAAGUAGGGAUCUAUGUCCUCAGUGCUUCAGCUAUUACCUCUUAUGGAGAAAGGGUCUUCUACAAUCUCCAUCUUCAGGUGAAAGAAACUCAGAGAUUGGAGUCUGAGAUAUUGAGUCAGAAGCUCAUGCUGAUGUAUCAAAACAGAGAAGAGUCACAUUCACCAUACUUGGCCACCAAACCAGAGCCAGAUUUUUAGUCUUGGGGAAAAUUUAAAAAACCAAAAAAAAAAGGUAGUGUUUAAAAUUAUAAACCCUAUGUCAUACAUGGGUCUUGUAAUAUAGUUUAGGGGUCCAAUAUUUUGCCACGUGUUUGAUGUUCAGUGGAUUAGAGCCUACCAUUGAAUAGGUCCCACCUCAAAGAUUGCAAGCCAAGUGUUAGAAUGAUCAAACAAUCUGUAACCAUCUGAUCUGUAGUUUAUGUUGGAGCUUUCUCUAAUACUUUUGUCCCCCUAACUUUCCAAGAAUCAAAGUGGAAGUGGGGAAGAUUGUGAUCAUAUAAUUAGGAUGAUAGAUAUAUGUUUAUGACAAAGUCAGUCUUUGGGUUGGGACCCAUUUCAUUGUCGGUGCAGAUCAAUAGCAAGUGCUCUGUGUUGUCCUACGAUUGGAAUCCAUAUCCAAGAGGAGCUCUGGCACUUCGAUGUCUAAAAUUGUAAAUUCAGUGUCUUGUGUAUACUGUGUACUUUUCUUUUUCAAUCAUAAACUCUCCCUUUUUGUAUAUUAACUCUCUAGUCCUUACAUGAGUUGGUGUCUCAUUUUACCCCCUCCCCCCUUGAUAAUCAAGGAAGGAGAAUUAUCCUUGUAUGGGGGAUUAUUUAACAGUUUGGC